AGUUUUUGAAAUCAUUUUUUUUUCAGGCGGGAAAUCGAACGACGUUUUCGUCGGAAACCCGCCAGUUUCCACUGAAUCAUUUCAGCCUUUCUUAACAUCAUCCGAUUGAUCUCCGAAUAAAACAGUGCCAGCACAAAUAUAAGUUCCAUCCCAGAGAACCGACAAAAGAGGAUCAGUGCGAGACAUGACAGGACCAACGACUGCCGUGGUUUCCUUGGUUUUGGUGGUGAAUUCUUACGUCUUGUUGACGGCAGCAGCGUCGCAUUAUAAUCAAGCGAGUCAUAAAGACGAUGACCUGGACCGGAUCACUGAUGCUCUUUUCCAAGCUGUGAAAAGAUCAGCUUCUUGGGCAGCUCUCCACAGCACUUGGGGCAAACGUGCCGCAGGCUGGAAUAAUCUUCAAGUG